CGCUACAGGAAGCAGCACAGGGUGGCCGCCUGCAACACAUUACCAUUUUAACGCAUCCUCUCUGAGAGUUGUACAGCAGUGAUGCCUGAAGAAACUUGAAACAGCAGUACAGUUUGUCACUAACUUGUUUUUGUUUUUUUUCUCCCUAUACGUUUGGAUGAUACUUUUAUAUCCCCUCCUUGUUAUCAGCUGACAAAAAUGACAAUCAGGACGAUGCAACAAGUUCUGUCGAUCAUACAGUACAAUUGCAUUCGUUGAGGAGGAAGACUACAGAUUUGCAAACCUUCACCUGCUCACGUGGGAAGACGCUUUCUUUCUCAAGUUUCCCCCAAAAGAACCUCGUGUUCAGAAAGUUUACUGCAGUUCGCUGCCCUGCCAACGGAGUCUGCUCUGACCAACAUCCAUCCUAAAGGACCACAGAGAUGUCAUCUCCACGUAGCUGCUUCAAGAUGAAAUGUGAGAACCUGAUCACCUACCUGAGGAUUAUUGGGACAACACUGUUUGGUGUCUCGCUGCUAGUGGGAAUCUCGACUGCCUACAUCAUGGGCUAUCAGUUCUUCACGACGACAGGCAAUUACCUGUCCUUUGGUCUUUACGGAGCCAUUUUGGUCAUUCACCUCAUCAUCCAGAGUUUGUUUGCUCUGCUAGAACACAGAAACAUGCGGCGGUCCAUGGAGACACCAAUCAAACUGAACAAAUCACUGGCACUUUGCAUCGCCGCCUACCAGGAAGACCCCGUUUACUUGAGAAAGUGUUUGAUAUCAGUUAAGAGGCUGACUUAUCCCAACAUCAAGGUCAUUAUGGUGAUUGACGGGAAUAACGAAGAUGACAUCUACAUGAUGGACAUCUUUAGGGACAUCAUGGGCAGGGAAAAGGCAGCCACCUAUAUCUGGAAAAAUAACUACCACCAACUUGGGCCGGAUGAGACCGAGGAGUCAUACAAAGAGAGCCUGCAGCAAGUCUCUCAGCUGGUACUGAACAAUAAGUGUGUGUGCAUAAUGCAGAAGUGGGGAGGAAAGAGGGAAGUCAUGUACACAGCCUUCAAAGCCUUGGGGAAGAGUGUCGACUAUGUGCAGGUGUGUGACUCAGACACCAUGCUGGAUCCUGCCUGUUCAGUGGAGAUGGCGAAAGUUUUAGAGGAAGACCCGAUGGUGGGGGGAGUUGGUGGAGAUGUACAGAUUCUGAACAAAUAUGAAUCAUGGGUGUCCUUCCUGAGCAGCGUGCGCUACUGGAUGGCGUUUAACAUCGAGCGAGCCUGCCAGUCCUACUUCGGCUGCGUGCAGUGUAUCAGCGGGCCUCUGGGAAUGUACAGGAACUCUCUCCUCCAUGAGUUUCUGGAGGACUGGUACAAUCAGACGUUCAUGGGCAGCCACUGCAGCUUCGGUGAUGACCGACAUCUCACGAAUCGCGUGCUCAGCCUCGGCUAUGCUACUAAAUACACCGCGCGCUCCAAGUGCCUGACCGAGACUCCCAUCACAUACCUGCGCUGGCUCAAUCAGCAGACUCGCUGGAGCAAGUCAUACUUCCGAGAGUGGCUCUACAACUCCAUGUGGUUCUACAAGCACCAUCUGUGGAUGACCUACGAGGCUGUCAUAACUGGCUUCUUCCCUUUCUUUCUCAUUGCCACGGCCAUCCAGCUCUUCUACCACGGUCGCAUCUGGAACAUUCUUCUCUUUCUACUGAUUGUGCAGACCGUGGCGCUCAUCAAGUCCUCAUUUGCCAGCUGUUUACGAGGCAACAUCGUCAUGGUCUUCAUGUCCUUCUACUCAGUGUUAUACAUGUCCAGUCUUCUACCGGCAAAGAUGUUUGCCAUAGCCACGAUAAACAAAUCUGGCUGGGGUACUUCGGGAAGGAAGACGAUAGUCACCAACUUCAUUGGCCUGGUCCCCAUCUCAAUCUGGUUCACAAUCCUAUUUAUCGGUAUCCUGUAUACGAUUGCCCAAGAGACGCGAAAGCCUUUUCCAAAUUCUGAGAAGAUAGUCUUAAUAAUAGGUGCAAUAGUGUAUGCCAGCUACUGGGCCGUGUUUUUGACUUUGUACAUGGUUCUUAUAGCAAAGUGUGGCAAAAGGAAGAAAGAUCAGCAGUAUGACAUGGUGCUUGAUGUCUGAUGUCCCUCACUGUGUUCACCCUGCCCUCUAAAAGUUUACAUUGUGAACAGACUGCUCUGCUAUUGCUUCUCCACAGGUGAUUAAAAUGAUGACUCCAUCAAAGAGAGCUACUAUUGCUGCUGUGACUUGACACUAAAGGACAUUUCCUUGGAAAUGAAUAAGAAAACACCAAAAAAAAAAAAAAAAACCUGAAACGAGGUUCAAACAGAUGAUUUUUGGACUGUUCAUUUUAUACUUCUCUUCUUCACAAAAAACCACCAACUAAACUUUCUUUUCCUUUUUUAUCCAAGAAAUCGAUGUUUAUUUCCUAUGCACUUUUAUAUCUUCUUCUCUUUCUUCAAACAUAAUGCUUGACAAAGAACUCAAUGAACAAAUACCUCAGUGGUUAUGUUUGCAUUGUGUGAUUGACUGGGAUACAGUCAAGGCUCAUUCUUUUUUUUUUUUAUAAUUUAUUGUCUUUUUUUUUUUAACCUUGUUUUAUACGUAAAUAUAAAUGUAAACGUUUUUAAUGAAGGCCAAACACAAUGUCUUGGUCAUGCUGUAUUUUCUAUUUGCAUAUUGUAUUUCUUUUCCUUUUUAUAUAGACAAGUUUAUUUUUUCUUAGCCAUGAAAGAUUCUUUAUUUUCAGUCAUGAAUAUAUGAGAAAAUGCAGUGUGCAUUUAACUGUUAUUACAAUGACUUGUGCAUCCGACCAAAAAAAUGUGAAGCUGGCUUUCGUGUUUGCAUUGAUGUCAGUACAAUGCAAUUCAAGCAACAAGUGAUUUUUGAGGAAGAAGACUAACCUGUGUUAUUGAAUUGAAAAAGUAUUACCUGACAAGAAAACCAGCAUAUUUAUAGAAACACUCUGUGGUUCAUUGUUUUUGUACCUGAUUUAUUGUAUUUUUGUACAUAUAUUAUAUUUGGCCUGUCAACUGUUAUGAAGACUGAUCAGCAAUGUAUCACAUUUGAAAGUAUUUGCACACAGAUAUUCACACAUGGAGUUCUAAACAUGUCCAAAAUCAAAUGCCGUGAUUCUACUUUGUACUUCGGGUAGCAUCAUGACUUUUUUUCUACAAUGUGAUGUGUUUAUUAUUUAUGAUUUAAAUGAGCCUAUUGACAAGUAUCUAAUAAUGCUGAUGCUGAUAUAAGACGUAUGAAAUACUAGAUGUGAUGUCAAAUGAACUGGCCUGUGAACCCAAUUGCAGGCAUGUUACAACUCUUUCUAAUCUCAAGAGGAAAUCAAUCAACUGAAGGCUGGAAUUCAAAAUUGACUAUGAAAGUAUUUUCUUGCAAUCUAAUUAUGCCAAAUGUUAUGUAGGCAGUAUUAUUAUUAAGCACUUUUUGUGUUUGUGCCAAAUUGAAAAAACUUGUUUCCUACCAUUCAUACAUAGUGUUUUUUGUUUG